AUGGGUCGCUAUGAGCUCGAGUAUCCCAAGGACGCAACAAAUCUUGUCAACAGAAAGGGCGACCGAGGUAUCUAUGCUCUCGAAAAGAUCCACUCUCUCAUCAACUCCAGCCAACUCAUCCAUGUCUCAUUCAACGUCCCCAAUUCUCCUUUCCCAGUCACCCUCCCCAUGAUCGGCCAGAUGGGCUCUUUUGACCGGCCGUCCGCCGAUCUAGGUGAUCCUCUGGAUCUCUACAUCCAUGGCUACGUCUCCUCGCGCCUCUUCAACCUUGGCCGCGGUGCUGGCGAAGACGGCAUGCCCGUCUCUUGUGCAGUCUCCCACGUCGACGGUCUCAUCCUCGCUCUCUCCGCUUUCAACCACAGCUAUAACUACCGCUCUGCUCUACUCUUCGGCCACGCCAGUCUUGUCGAGGACCAGGAGGAGAAGCUGUACGCUAUGGAGCUCAUCACCAAUUCUGUCGUGCCGGAUCGCUGGAAGAACAGCCGUUUGCCGCCGACGAAUGCCGAAAUGCAGAGUACGAGCAUCCUCAAAGUGAAGAUUGCUUCGGGGAGUGCCAAGUACCGCGAUGGUGGCGUCUCGGACGACAAGCAUGAUUUGGAGAACGAGGAUGCGUUGAAUACAGUGUGGACGGGUGUGGUGCCGAUUUAUUCGACCAUGGGCGAACCGAUUCCUGGCCCGUACAACCGGGUGGACUUGCCACCGUAUGCAAGGGAAUUCUUUGAUGAAUUUAGCGCGGAAAAUAAGAAGCAGAGCUUGGACGCGGCAAAUACAAAGACCGGGUAG